CCGCGUCCCCCGCCGACCCGGCAGCCGCCUUCCCGCGGCGGGGAACGCCGCUCCCCACUCCGCCGGCGCGCAGACUCCUUUUUUCCUCCCCGGGAGGGUGUCGCCACCUGGAUCGCCAAGUGUGAGGGGUCCGGGAGGCGGGGACCGAGCGGGGCACCGUGGCCGGCCAUGGCUCAAGCGGCCAAACAGCUGAAGAAAAUCAAAGACAUUGAGGCGCAGGCCCUCCAGGAGCAGAAGGAGAAGGAGGAAUCCAACAGGAAGCGGAGGAACCGCUCCCGUGACCGAAAGAAGAAGGCCGAUGCUGCUACCAGCUUCCUGAGGGCAGCAAGAUCAGGUAACUUGGACAAAGCUUUGGACCACCUGCGGAACGGGGUAGACGUUAACACCUGUAACCAGAAUGGGCUGAACGGCUUGCAUCUGGCCUCUAAAGAAGGCCACGUGAAGAUGGUGGUCGAACUUCUGCACAAAGAGAUCAUCCUGGAAACGACAACCAAGAAGGGGAACACGGCGCUGCACAUCGCUGCCCUGGCGGGUCAGGACCAGGUGGUGCGGGAGCUCGUCAACUAUGGCGCCAACGUCAACGCCCAGUCACAGAAAGGCUUUACACCCCUGUACAUGGCAGCACAAGAGAAUCACUUGGAGGUGGUUAAGUUUUUGCUGGAAAACGGAGCUAAUCAGAAUGUAGCCACAGAAGACGGCUUCACCCCUCUGGCCGUGGCCCUGCAGCAGGGCCACGAGAACGUGGUGGCGCACCUCAUCAACUACGGGACGAAGGGGAAGGUGCGCCUGCCGGCCCUGCACAUCGCGGCCCGCAACGAUGACACGCGGACGGCCGCGGUGCUGCUGCAGAACGACCCCAACCCCGACGUGCUUUCCAAGACGGGAUUCACCCCCCUCCACAUCGCAGCUCAUUACGAGAACCUCAACGUGGCCCAGCUGCUCCUCAACCGGGGAGCCAGUGUCAACUUCACGCCCCAGAACGGCAUCACGCCGCUGCACAUCGCUUCCCGCAGGGGAAACGUGAUCAUGGUGCGGCUUCUGCUGGACCGCGGCGCCCAGAUAGAAACAAGGACCAAGGAUGAAUUGACACCUCUCCACUGUGCAGCUCGGAAUGGGCACCUGCGAAUCUCAGAGAUCCUGCUGGACCACGGGGCGCCCAUCCAAGCCAAAACCAAGAAUGGCUUGUCCCCAAUCCACAUGGCGGCUCAGGGGGACCACCUCGACUGUGUCCGACUCCUGCUGCAAUACAAUGCAGAGAUAGACGACAUCACACUGGACCACCUGACCCCGCUCCACGUGGCCGCCCACUGCGGCCACCACAGGGUGGCCAAGGUCCUUUUGGAUAAAGGGGCCAAACCAAACUCCAGAGCCCUGAAUGGCUUUACCCCCUUACACAUCGCCUGCAAGAAGAACCAUAUCCGCGUCAUGGAGUUGCUGCUGAAGACCGGGGCCUCCAUCGAUGCUGUCACUGAGUCCGGCCUGACACCUCUCCACGUGGCCUCCUUCAUGGGGCACCUGCCCAUCGUGAAGAGCCUGGUGCAGCGGGAAGCAUCGCCCAACGUGUCCAAUGUGAAAGUGGAGACCCCGCUACACAUGGCAGCCAGAGCAGGGCACAUGGAAGUGGCCAAAUAUUUGCUCCAGAACAAAGCCAAAGUCAAUGCCAAGGCCAAGGAUGACCAGACCCCACUUCACUGUGCAGCUCGCAUUGGCCACACAAACAUGGUGAAGCUCCUGCUAGAAAAUAACGCCAACCCCAACCUGGCCACCACUGCCGGGCACACCCCCCUGCACAUCGCGGCCCGAGAGGGCCACGUGGAAACGGCCCUGGCCCUUCUGGAAAAGGAGGCGUCCCAGGCGUGCAUGACCAAGAAAGGAUUUACCCCUCUCCACGUGGCGGCCAAGUACGGGAAGGUGCGCGUGGCACAGCUGCUGCUGGAGCAUGGCGCGCACCCAGACGCCGCCGGGAAGAGUGGCCUGACGCCCCUGCACGUCGCCGUGCACCACAACCACCUGGACGUCGUCAAGCUGCUGCUGCCCCGGGGCGGCUCCCCGCACAGCCUGGCCUGGAACGGCUACACCCCUCUGCACAUCGCCGCCAAGCAGAACCAGCUGGAGGUGGCCCACAGCCUGCUGCGGUACGGGGGCUCGGCGAACGCAGAGUCCGUGCAAGGCGUGACCCCCCUCCACCUGGCGGCCCAGGAGGGUCACGCGGACAUGGUGGCUCUCCUGCUCUCCAAACAGGCCAACGGCAACCUGGGCAACAAGAGUGGACUCACUCCCCUUCAUCUGGUCGCACAAGAAGGUCACAUUCCAGUGGCAGACGUGCUGAUCAAACAUGGUGUCACGGUGGACGCCACCACCCGGAUGGGUUACACUCCACUCCACGUGGCCAGCCAUUAUGGGAAUAUCAAGCUGGUGAAGUUCCUGCUACAGCACCAGGCAGACGUCAAUGCCAAGACUAAGCUCGGAUACAGUCCCCUGCACCAGGCAGCUCAACAAGGCCAUACAGACAUCGUGACACUGCUUCUCAAAAAUGGUGCUUCCCCAAACGAGGUCAGCUCGAAUGGAACCACACCUCUGGCCAUAGCCAAGCGCCUGGGCUACAUUUCUGUAACAGACGUGCUCAAGGUUGUCACCGAUGAAACCAGUGUCGCGUUGGUCAGCGACAAGCACCGAAUGAGCUUCCCCGAGACGGUGGAUGAGAUCCUGGACGUCUCUGAAGAUGAAGGAACUGCUCAUAUAACUAUAAUGGGGGAAGAACUUGUUGGCUUCAAGGCUGAGAAGCAGGAUUCCAGGGAUAUAGAUGAAGAGAAAGAGCUGCUGGAUUUUGUGCCGAAGCUGGACCAAGUGGUGGAGUCCCCAGCCAUCCCUCGGAUUCCUUGCGUCACACCUGAGACGGUGGUGAUCAGAUCUGAAGAGGCAGAACAGGCAUCUAAGGAGUAUGAUGAAGACUCACUGAUCCCCAGCAGCCCAGCCACAGAGACCUCAGACAACAUCAGCCCGGUGGCCAGCCCUGUGCACACAGGGUUCCUGGUGAGCUUCAUGGUGGAUGCCCGCGGGGGCUCCAUGCGGGGCAGCAGGCACAACGGCCUGAGGGUGGUGGUCCCGCCCCGGACGUGCGCAGCACCCACUCGCAUCACCUGCCGCCUGGUGAAGCCCCACAAGCUGCCCACGCCGCCCCCGCUGGCCGAGGAGGAGGGCCUGGCCAGCAGGGUCAUCGCCCUGGGCCCCACGGGAGUCCAGUUCCUGAGCCCUGUCAUCGUGGAGGUCCCCCACUUCGCCUCCCAAGGCCGUGGGGACCGCGAGCUCGUGGUGCUGCGGAGUGAAAACGGCUCCGUGUGGAAGGAACACAAGAACCGCUACGGAGAAAGCUACCUGGAUCAGAUCCUCAACGGGAUGGAUGAAGAGCUGGGGAGCCUGGAGGAGCUGGAGAAGAAGAGGGUCUGCCGCAUUGUUACCACCGACUUCCCCUUGUACUUCGUGAUCAUGUCAAGGCUCUACCAGGACUAUGACACCAUCGGCCCCGAGGGGGGCUCCCUGAAAAGCAAGCUCGUCCCCCUGGUGCAGGCCACCUUCCCAGAAAAUGCUGUCACCAAGAAAGUGAAGCUGGCCCUGCAGGCCCAGCCUGUACCCGAUGAGCUGGUCACCAAACUCCUGGGCAACCAGGCCACGUUCAGCCCCAUUGUCACCGUGGAGCCGAGGCGCCGCAAGUUCCACCGCCCCAUCGGGCUUCGGAUCCCACUCCCUCCCUCCUGGACGGAUAACCCGCGGGACAGCGGGGAGGGAGACACCACCAGCCUGCGGCUGCUCUGCAGCGUCAUUGGAGGGACAGACCAGGCCCAGUGGGAAGACAUCACAGGGACCACCAAGCUCAUGUACGCCAACGAGUGCGCCACCUUCACCACCAACGUCUCUGCCAGGUUCUGGCUGUCGGACUGUCCUCGGACGGCUGAAGCUGUGAACUUCGCCACCCUGCUGUACAAGGAGCUCACCGUGGUGCCCUACAUGGCCAAGUUUGUCAUUUUCGCCAAGAUGAACGAUCCGCGAGAAGGGCGACUGCGCUGCUACUGCAUGACGACGGACGACAAGGUGGACAAGACACUGGAGCAGCACGAGAACUUCGUGGAGGUGGCGCGGAGCCGGGACAUAGAGGUUUUGGAAGGAAUGCCCCUCUUCGCAGAGCUCUCUGGGAACCUGGUGCCCGUCAAGAAGGCCGCCCAGCAGCGGAGUUUCCUCUUCCAAUCUUUCCGGGAGAACCGGUUGGCCAUUCCCGUCAAGGUGAGGGAUAGCAGUCGAGAUCCAGCAGGGUCCUUGUCAUUCCUGCGCAAGGCGAUGAAGUACGAGGACACACAGCACAUCCUCUGCCACCUGAACAUCAGCAUGCCACCCUGCACCAAGGGCAGUGGAGCCGAUGACCGGAGGAGGACCCCGACGCCGCUGGCCCUGAGAUACAGCGUUCUCAGCGAGUCCGCACUGGGUUUCCUCAGCGGCGCAGACCGGGCGGACAUGAAGAUGGCUAUUAUAUCAGAGCACCUGGGCCUCAGUUGGGCCGAGCUGGCCCGCGAGCUGCAGUUCAGCGUGGAUGACAUCAACAGGAUCCGCGUGGAGAACCCCAACUCCUUGCUGGAGCAGAGCGUGGCCUUGUUGAACCUCUGGGUCAUCCGUGAAGGCCAAGAUGCAAAGAUGGAGAACCUGUACGCGGCCCUGCGGAACAUCGACCGCGGCGAGAUCGUGAACAUGCUGGAGGGCUCGGGCAGGCAGGGCCGCAACCUGAAGCCUGACCGCCGGCCCGCGGACCGGGAUUACUCGUCGUCCCCCUCCCAGAUGAAUGGUUACUCCUCGCUGCAGGACGAGCUGCUGUCCCCCGCCUCCCUGCACUAUGCGCUCCCCUCUCCGCUGCGCGCAGACCAGUACUGGAACGAGGUGGCCGUCCUAGACGCCAUCCCCUUGGCGGGCACGGAGCAUGACGCCAUGCUGGAGAUGUCUGACAUGCAGGUGUGGUCCGCGGGCCUCACGCCCUCGUUGGUCACUGCUGAGGACUCCUCUCUGGAGUGCAGCAAGGCCGAGGACUCGGACGCCACUGGCCACGAGUGGAAGCUGGAGGGGGCGCUCUCCGAGGGACCCCAGGGCCCCACGCUGGGCUCUCUGGACCUCGUGGAGGACGACACAGUGGAUUCAGAUGCCACAAAUGGCCUUAUCGAUUUGCUUGACCAGGAGGAAGGUCAGAGGUCAGAAGAGAAGCUGCCAGGUCAUGAGAGGCAGGAGGACUCGACAGGUGCAGGGCAGGGCUCAGGGAAUGAAGUGUCUCUUGUUUCAGGCCAGCAGAGGGUACAAGCCCACAUCACAGAAUCCCACACCGUGAGUCGGGUGAUGGACUCCAGCCAGGACAGACUGCAGGACUGGGAUGCAGAAGACUCCAUCGUCUCCUAUCUGCAAGAGGCCACACGAGGCUCCUGGGGGGAGGAGGCCCCGCAAGGCCCACACUCCUUCCAGAGGACCAUCAGCAGGUCUUGGGAGCAUGAGGAGGUCCUGGGCUCUGCACCGGAGCGCGCACAUACGGAGCAGCCCGAGGCCGACAGGGACCGGAGACCACAGGGCCCCAGGGAGUGGAUGCAGGAGGCUGUCAGCACCUUCUCCCGCCAGGUAAAGGGGGAUGAGCUUCAGGAUAUUCCAGGGGAGCAGGUGACAGAGGAGCAUUUCACAGAUGAGCAGGGCAACGUCGUCACCAAGAAGGUCAUUCGCAAAGUUGUCCUCCACAUCGACCCAUCCGGAGCCGAUGACACCCAGGAGCACGAGGAGGUGAUUUCUGAGGGGCCCCUGGAGGACCCUAGUGAGAUGGAGGCCGAUAUUGAUUACUUUAUGACUCACACCAAGGUGGAGCUGAGAGGGUACAGUAGCCUGCAGCCGGACCUGAUAGAGGGCAGGAAGGGGGCUCAGAUAGUGAAGCGGGCCAGCCUCAAAAGGGGGAAACAGUGAUCUCGAGCCCCUCCCUGUGGAAUGGCCUCUUUGGAGGAUCACACCUCGACACCCAACCCUUGAACUCCACACACUCCGCCACGCACCCGAGAGCUGGACCGAGGCCCCGGAAGCCGCGCACACGUCCCUGGAGGCUUACGGCAUGACCUCUGUAAGGGACGUCCUUUAGUCACCUGUUCGCAUGAACGACCGACUGUAGACGCAUGACCUACAGUCCUCUAUCCUGCCUCUAGCGACGGUGGAUCUCUUUCGGGAGUCUGGACGGAAACAGCAAGAGGGGGGAGAGAGAGGGGGGACGUAAAACAAGCGCAGGAGAGCACCGAACGCAACAGCAAACAAGGGCUCUUUUGUGGCUGGGAUGAGAUAUUUUUUAAAAUCAUUUCAAUUUCGACUUGUUACAGGGUACUUUUUUUUCAACCUCAUCUGUAAGAAAUCCAUGUGAGCUUCCUGGAAAGGAAAAAGAAAA